UUUUAUUUUACUUUUCAUAAAAACUUCACAGUAACCGCGCGAAACUCCGCGGCGACGGCGGCUUCAUGCGCCGUGUUGCCAGCCGCGAUAUUGAUGCCCGACGCACCUAGCAUCACUGUAACUGCCAGCGGCCGCUCCUCUCAGCACUGCCGUGAACACAAGUCAAUUCAUCUUAGUUGCACAAUUGAACUGGUUAUCCGAGUCAUAGAACUGGUUCGGGUUGCUUUAUAUUUGAUGUAACCGAAGGAAGCAGAGAUAUGGAAUGUGUGGUUCAGGGAAUUAUUGAGACUCAGCAUGUCGAGGCCCUUGAGAUUCUUCUCCAGGGGCUAUGUGGUGUUAAAAGAGAACGAUUGAGGAUCCAUGAAAUUUGUCUUAAGAACAGUCCAAAUCUCGGCACAGUUGCCUCAGAGGUUCGACUUUUAUGUGAUCUGGAGCAAACUGAACCCUCAUGGAGUGUUAGACAUGUAGGUGGUGCAAUGAGGGGUGCUGGUGCUGAUCAAAUUUCAGUUCUAGUUAGGACAGUAGUGGAAAGCAAAGUAAGCAAGAACGUGCUUCGAAUGUUCUAUACACUGGGGUACAAGUUAGACAAUGAGCUGCUGAGGGUGGGGUUCUCCUUCCAGUUCAAUUAUAAGGUGGCAAAUGUCAUCGUAGCACGAAUCACUGUAACGGUUUCGUCAGUCAAUAAAAUGAUGAAGCUGCAUGCGACUGACGAGGCCGUGCCAAUAACACCUGGCAUACAGAUUGUCCAAGUAACAGCACCUGCUACUGCUGAAAACUAUACCGAAGUUGCUUCUGGUAUGCAAUCCUUUUGCGAAUACCUUGCCCCGCUUCUUCAUCUGUCUAAACCGGGAGUUUCAACUGGUGUUGUUCCUACUGCUGCUGCCGCCGCUGCAUCUCUAAUGUCUGAUGGUGGGGGUACACCUUUGCAGUAGGCUGAUAAUGUUGUACGAACAUAUAUACAAUUAUACAUCACUUGAUGCAUGUCAAAGUUCCAUGGUCAUACCAAUUUUUUCUUCAUGAAAAGAUGAAAUUUUCAGUAAACAUGGUUAUGAGGAAGACUAAAAUGAUAGAACAAUGUUAGUUACUUGAUGAUCAAUCAGUUGCUAGGUAGAGGAAGAGUUACUUUUGGCAUGUGAUUGUAUUUCAGGAUAUGAGAAACGACCCUUUCUUAUACACUUGUUAAAAUAUAAUUUUCAAAAUGUAUUUCUUUCUAA